AUGCCACCUCAUCUCAUGGCAGUAUCCACAGACGUGGGCGAUGAGGCAAGUGUGGCCGGGCAAGGAAAUAGAAAAGAUCGCGGUGCCCAUUCAUAUGGCUUAGGUCCAAGGAGCAAUCUAUCCACAAGUGACAAAAAUGCAUCCCGGAAUAAGGGGAAAGCACAGACAAGCCAUGUGCCUAGAAAUGUUGAAGGCGCUUAUCACAGAUGUGGUGCAAAGGGACAUUAG